AUGAGCAGAAAACGAGCGCUGAUCGCAGACACUUUCUGCUUAAAGAGACGCAGAUCCGCAGCUGACGCUGUUGCCGGAGACAGUCACGCAGAAGGAGCAGCUGAUAUCCGCUCAAGCUUGCAGAACCUCAUGACACUGUUCUCACGCAAACUCUUCAACGACAGCCUCCCUCCAGUGGUGCUGAAACACCAGCUGUACAGUUUACACAGCGACAGAACCUCCGUGGACAAGCAGCUGAAUGAGUUGCGGGUGAGCGGCGAGCUGUUGAUGUUCCAGCUGGGCUUCGACUCAGAGGCUUUCGCUCUGGUGUUUGCUGAAGACUACAGAGCCAAAGUCCUGCAGGGCGAAGCCGGAAGAGAAACACUGGAAACUGUGGAGAAAUUCCUGGAUAAACUAAUUCCCGGCUGCUCCGAUCUGAGCUUCAACAAAGAAAAGAUGAUGAAGGAGUUCCUCUUCACGGACUCUGAGAUCACGCAGCUGGUGAAGUCGGGCGUCCUCACGGUGAGGGACACGGGCAGCUGGUGGCUCUCAAUCCCAAACUCUGGCAAAUUCAUUAAGUACUUCAUCAAGGGGCGCAAAGCUGUUCUUGGCAUGGUGAAGAAAUCCAGAUACGGUGAAAUCCUGAAGACUGAACUUGAGGGACGCCACACAACUUCACAUGUUAAAUUUCAGAUGAAGUAUCACAUUCAUGAUAUAGUUGGAGCAGAGUUAGUAGAAUGCAUACAGACAACAUCAGGGACAUUAUUACGAUACGUGGACGGAAACAUCAACUAACAGCUUCACCCGCUUGCCUUGGAUUGUACAGAAUUGAAUAAACUGUAUAAUGUAUUUAUUGCCAUAUUAUUUUGGUUACAAA